CCGCUGAGAUCCCGUACACUUUGGUACACUCCGCCUUCUUUCGGUUUGUGCGCAUGCGCUUUUCAAUUCUCCACAACUCCCUCCGUUUCCGGACGCUAGGAUCGAACGCACAGCUGCCGCCGAAUUUAAAGAGACAUACAUCAUUUGUUUAAAAAAUUCGACCAUUGGAAAAAAAAAAUACAUGCGUUGUUUCUGGUUCUCUUCGAGGGUAUCGAGGAAGGUUCGUUAUUGAUCUGAGCACUUGACGGUGUAGUUUUAGUAGGGAUUGAGAGGUCUGAACACUUGCAGGGCUUGAGCUGGAAGUCAAUACUGGAGUACGUUAACUGGGUGGCCGUCGGUAAAGUACUCCGGACUUGUCGGGGGGGAAGAGAGCUGGGUGGCCCCCCAAAACGAACUGAUUUUUUUACGCCAGAACAACCUGCAAACACGGAGGGACGGUAAAUCAUCGUGGCUUCGGUGGCGGGGAAAGAAACGCACCAUGGCGAAAAUUCAGGCUCGCAGCAGCACUGCGAAGCAAAUCAACCAGAUCCAAGACAAGGCCUAUGUGGUUCAGAAACAAGUCCAGCAGCAGCACUUUCAGAAACUAAAGGUGGAGGAUGCCUUAUCUUACUUGGACCAAGUCAAAAUACGGUUCGGAAAUGAUCCGGGAAUAUACAAUAAGUUUCUGGAUAUCAUGAAAGAGUUUAAAUCUCAAAGCAUUGACACACCAGGAGUUAUCAACAGAGUUUCUCAGCUCUUCCAUGGGCAUCCUGACCUUGUCCUGGGGUUUAAUGCCUUUCUACCACCUGGUUACCGGAUCGAAAUUCCCAAGAAUGGAAUGGCAUUUCUUCAGUCCCCGUUGUCCUCACAGGUCUCUCCGGGACCAGGAAGGAGCUCGGACAGCUCUGUUGUUAGUGCCUCUUCAUCAGCAGUGGCUGAAGCAGGACCAGCUCCAAAUGAAGCCGUGACCUCUCCGGAGAGCAUCACCUCAUCAUCUGGACCUCCUGAACAAUCAAGCAGGUUGUCACUUCCUCUGCCCAGCCGAGAGAGCCAAUCACAGCCGGCCACCACGUCCGUGUCCCCUCCCACAUCAGAGCCCAGUCCUGUGGAGUUUGAUAGUGCCAUCAGUUAUGUCAAUAAGAUCAAAAACCGAUUUUUGGACAACCCAGAAACCUACCGAGCCUUUCUGGAAAUUCUACAUACAUACCAGAUAAUAACCGGUUGCCUACCACCAAUAUCACAGAGCAAGACUUUUGACUAUCAACAUAAAGUCUGGUCCACCACGCAGCAUAUUCUGAAGGAGCAGCUGGAGGUGAAGGAGAGCAGAGGGCGUAGCACUGGAGGAAUGACUGAAGAUGAGGUUUUCUCUAAAGUGGCAAGCCUUUUCAAAGGUCAAGAGGAUCUGCUUGCAGAGUUUGGCCAGUUUUUGCCUGAUGCAAAGAGAUCUCUGUUUACUGGAGGUUCUUUGCCUGGCAAAGACAGCCUGAAGAAAGCAGAGGAAGAGGAAAUGAUUAAACACAGCAAGAAGAGACCUAGACCCAUGUUAAUGCCCCACAUGACCCCCCUUCUGAAGAAAAAAAUGAAAUAUUCCUGCUCCAAGGACCCAUCUUUCGCCUCUGUCGGAAAGCAUGGAGUUUUGCGUGAAUUCACGUUCUUCGACAAGGUUCGCCGUCUGCUCAAGAGUCAGGAGGUGUACGAGAAUUUCUUACGCUGUAUAGCUCUGUUCAAUCAGGAAGUGGUUUCAGGGGCCGAACUCUUGCAGCUUGUGACUCCAUUCUUGGGGAAGUUUCCAGAACUGUAUACCCAGUUUAAGUCAUUUUUGGGUGAUAAAGAACUGGCUCAUGCCCUCACCGGCCUCUCUGACCGCUACAUGGAGGGUGGAGGCAGAGAAGUGGAUUACGCCUCCUGUAAACGCCUGGGUUCCAGCUACAGAGCUCUGCCCAAGACCUACCAGCAGCCCAAAUGCAGUGGCCGAACUGCUAUAUGCAAAGAGGUGCUGAAUGAUAUUUGGGUCUCAUUCCCUUCCUGGUCAGAAGACUCCACUUUUGUGAGUUCCAAGAAAACACCAUACGAAGAGCAACUUCAUCGCUGUGAGGAUGAGAGGUUUGAGCUGGAUGUUGUGCUUGAGACUAAUUUGGCAACGAUAAGAGUUUUGGAAAGCGUGCAGAAGAAAUUAUCCCGCCUUUCGCCAGAGGAUCAAGAGCGCUUCCGAUUGGAUGACUGUCUUGGUGGAACUUCUGAGGUCAUCCAGCGUCGUGCAAUCUAUCGUAUCUACGGUGACAAGGCUCCAGAAAUCAUAGAGGGGUUAAAGAGGAGUCCAGCCACUGCAGUCCCUGUCGUACUCAAAAGAUUGAAAGCCAAAGAGGAGGAGUGGAGGGAGGCUCAGCAGGGCUUCAACAAAAUCUGGAGAGAGCAAUAUGAGAAGGCGUAUCUGAAAUCACUGGACCACCAGGGUGUCAACUUCAAACAGAACGACAUGAAGGCUCUUCGAUCCAAGAGUCUUCUCAAUGAAAUAGAGAGCAUCUAUGACGAGCGGCAGGAGCAGAGCACAGAGGAGGGCGGCGUGGGCCAGCAAGGUUGUGACGGUUCAGGCACAAAUUCGACCAGUGAACCCCACAUGAUCUUCACUUACGAAGACAAACAGAUCCUGGAGGAUGCUGCCUCCCUCAUCAUCUACCAUGUCAAGCGACAACCCACCAUCCACAAGGACGACAAGGACCACAUCAAGCGUAUCAUCCAGCACUUUGUCCCCGACAUCUUUUUCGCCCGUCGUGGAGAGCUUAGCGAGACGGAGGAGUUCACGGAUGAGGAAACCGAGGGUGAGGACGGCGCCACCGCAGGAGGUGGAGUCUCAACAACAGGCGGCCAGCAACAGCUGAACGGUGAUUCCAGACGAAGACGAUGCACUUCCCCUGAGAGCAUGGACACCUCUACGGCCGCCCACAGUAUGAAUCCAGAAGGUGAGGCUGUGGAUCUGCGGGACCCAGAGGCUGAGCACCAGAAGGAGCUGGAUGGAGUCUACAACCUGUUCUUCGUCAAUAAUAACUGGUACUUCUUCCUGCGGCUGCACCAGACUCUGUGCUCACGGCUGCUGAGGGUUUACAGGCAGGCCGAGAGACAGUUACUGGAACACAGGGCGGAGCAGAAUCGGGAACGGCUGCUCAUGGGAGAGGGGCGCAGAGAAAAGGCAAACGACCUGGCUAUGGAGCUGCGCCUAAAACAGCCCAGUGAAGUAGAGUUAGAGGAAUAUUACCCAGCAUUCUUAGACAUGGUACGCAGUCUUCUGGAUGGAAACCUGGAGUCCACGCAAUACGAGGACACCCUGAGAGAGAUGUUCACCAUCCACGCUUACAUCGGAUUUACCGUCGACAAGCUCAUUCAGAACAUCGUAAGACAGCUUCAGCACUUGGUCAGUGAUGAGGUGUGUCUGCAAGUCACUGAGCUGUACCUGGCUGAGAGGAAGAGGGGUGCCGCUGGAGGCAAUCUCUCGUCCCAGUGUGUCCGUGCCGCUUGGGAGGCCAGCUACCAGUGGAAGGCUGAGAGAGUCAUGGCUGAGGAGAACUGCUUCAAGGUCAUGUUCCUUCAAAACAAAGGUCAGGUGACCUUAACGAUCGAGUUGCUGGACACGGAGGAGGCCCAAGGCGAUGACCCGCUGGAUGUUCAGAGCCUGUCUAAUUAUAUGGAGCAGUAUAUAGGAACUGAAUCUGUAUGCUCUCAGACAGAAGGAUACUACUUCAAGCCUGUGUUUCUGCCCAGAAAUCUGAGGCAUUUCCGUGGCUGGCAGCUCAAGCAGGUGGAAGCCAUGCGCUGUCGGAGAGAGUGGCAUCGGAAGAUGGGUGUGGAGACAGCUGGGAACCUGGACUGCCGUUUCAAACUAAACACCCACAAGAUGGUGUUUGUGAUGAACUCCGAAGACUACAUGUACCGCCGAGGGGCGCUGGUGAAGGCUCGGAGGUCCCAGCACAGAGUAGCACAGGCCCAGCAUGAGCGCUUCGAGCAGUGGCACCGGGGCUGGAUGAGCGAGCAUGUGUCCUCCAGCGCCGAGCGCAGCGUACAGGACUGGCUCAUGGGAGAAGAGGACGAGGACAUGAUCCCCUGCAAGACCACCUGUGUUUCCAUGCAGGUCAAAGGCUUACAUGUCAACAGGUACCAGGUGCACUAUAACAGCAAGGCCCCCGCCUCACCGUAACAACCUCAAGCCUUGGGAUGGAUUUUGGUGAUCUGUCUCUCUCUCUCUUCUCUCUUUGUCUCUUUCUCGCUCACUCUUUCAAAUGGCCGAGCUGAAACAUGCUUGGCUGAGACACGACGAACAGACAGGAGUGGUUUGAGGACAGACAGCUGCUCAAAGGAGGGAAUGCUUCAUUGAAAAGCAUCACAUCUCGACACUAGUCCAUCAUGAUCGACGCAGUUACCAGACGUUUCAGAAAUGCGAAUGUCAAUUUUUUUUAAUUAUUAUUAUUUUUUAAAGAAAGUCCAUUGUAGUUUUUAGCUCCUGAAACCAGAGUUUUGUUUUGUUUAUACUGAAGUAUUGAGAGAUUCGGUUUAAAGUAUGUCUACAACAUCUGUGUGUCUUUUUGUACAGUAAAGUCGACUCAAGAGCUCGAGCAAUUGCAUAUAUAUAUACAGCAGAAAGAUUAUUCUGUUUGCAUUUUCUUGGCUAUGAAUGAUGACUUGGAAAAAUGAUGUUUCUCUGGUGCACGUCCGCAACGUCCUUGUUUUAGUUCUGGUUUGUGUUCCUUGUUUUCAUCGUCUCUUAUAACUGAACGGAGGAUCGCCAGUGUCACCCGUCAAUCACUGCUCAUGAUUUAUAGUCGAUUUUGUUAAACAUCCCGAUCAUGUAUCAUAUCGAUCUCGCCAAAUCCUUGCUUUUGUUUGGUGUAAUUUUUACAUAUUAAAGCAGAAAAAUGACAGAAAAAUAUCAGUGUUUUGAAAAAAAGAAUGUAUAACAUUUAUCCUGUAUCAGUUAUCACAAAAUAAACAACCUAGUUGUGCAGUUCUUAAAGAA